AUGGGCGGGAACCUCAAACCAGCAGCAGGUACCACAUCUGGCGCUAAAUCAAUGUGGACCGAACAUAAGUCACCUGAUGGAAGGACUUACUAUUACAAUACUGAAACAAAGCAGUCUACUUGGGAGAAACCUGAUGAUCUUAAAACACCUUCUGAGCAAUUGUUAUCUAAAUGUCCCUGGAAGGAGUACAAAUCUGACUCUGGAAAGCCUUACUAUUAUAUUUCUCAAACAAAAGAAUCCCAUUGGGCCAAACCUAAAGAACUUGAGGAUCUUGAAGGAUACCAGAAUACCACCGUUGCUGGAAGUCUUAUUACAAAAUCAAACCUGCAUGCAAUGAUCAAAGCUGAAGAAAGCAGUAAGCAAGAAGAGUCCACUACUACAUCAACAGCCCCAGUUCCUACAACAGAAAUUCAGACUACAAUGAGCACUAUGGCUGCUGCAGAAGUAGCAGCUGCAGCCAAUGCCAAUGCUUCUACUUCUACUCCUAAUACUGUCAGUGGAAGUGUACCGGUUGUUCCUGAGCCUGAAGUUACUUCCAUUGUUGCUACUAUUGUAGAUAAUGAAAAUACAGUGACUAUUUCAACUGAGGAACAAGCACAAUUACUAGUAGUUCCCUGUGUUCAAGAGCAAAGUGUUGAAGUAUCCAGUAAUACAGGAGAUGAAACAUCUAAGCAGGAAACUAUAGCUGAUUUCACUCCCAAAAAGGAAGAAGAAGAAAGUCAACCAGCAAAAAAAACAUACACUUGGAAUACAAAGGAAGAGGCAAAGCAAGCCUUUAAAGAAUUAUUGAAAGAAAAGCAAGUACCAUCUAAUGCUUCAUGGAAGCAAGCUAUGAAAAUGAUCAUUGAUCCACGAUACAGUGCUUUACCAAAGCCGAGUGAAAAAAACCAGGCCUUCAAUGCUUACAAAGUCCAGACUGAGAAAGAAGAAAAAGAGGAAGCACAAUCAAAAUACAAAGAGGCUAAAGAAUCCUUCCAGCGUUUUCUUGAAAAUCAUGAAGAAAUGACUUCUACAACCAGAUACAAAAAAGCAGAGCAAAUGUUUGGAGAGAUGGAUGUCUGGAAUGCAAUAUCGGAACGCGACUGUCUUGAAAUCUAUGAAGAUGUUUUGUUCUUUCUUUCAAAAAAAGAAAAGGAACAAGCAAAGCAGUUGUGCAAGAGAAAUUGGAAAGCCUUAAAAAAUAUCCUUGACAACAUGGCUAAUGUAACAUACUCUACUACUUGGUCUGAAGCCCAGCAGUAUCUGAUGGAUAAUCCAACUUUUGCAGAAGAUGAGGAGUUACAGAACAUGGACAAAGAAGAUGCAUUAAUUUGCUUUGAAGAACACAUUCAAGCUUUAGAAAAGGAAGAAGAAGAAGAAAAGCAGAAGAGCUUGCUGAGAGAAAGGAGACGACAGUGUAAAAAUAGGGAAUCUUUUCAGAUAUUUUUAGAUGAAUUGUAUGAACAUGGACAGCUACAUUCUAUGUCAUCUUGGAUGGAAUUAUAUCCAACGAUUAGUUCUGACAUUAGAUUCACUAAUAUGCUUGUUCAGCCUUUUUUUCAUGGAUCAACUGCACUUGAUCUUUUCAAGUUUUAUGUUGAGGAUCUUAAAGCACAUUACCAUGAUGAGAAGAAGAUAAUAAAAGACAUUCUAAAGGAUAAAGGAUUUGUAGUUGAAAUAAAUACUACUUUUGAAGACUUUAUGGCAAUAAUCAGUUCAACUAAACGGUCAACCACGUUAGAUGCUGGAAAUAUUAAACUGGCUUUCAAUAGUUUACUAGAAAAGGCAGAAACCCGUGAACGUGAAAGAGAAAAAGCGGAGGCACAGAAGAUGAAACGGAAAGAAUCUGCCUGUGAGAGUAUGUUGAAGCAAGCUGCUCCUCUAAUAGAAUUGGAAGCUGUAUGGGAAGAUAUCCGGGAGAGAUUUGUAAAAGAGCCAGCAUUUGAGGACAUAACUCUAGAAUCUGAAAGAAAACGAGUAUUUAAAGAUUUUAUGCAUGUUCUUGAACAUGAAUGUCAGCAUCAUCAUUCAAAGAACAAGAAACAUUCUAAGAAAUCUAAAAAACAUCAUAGGAAACGUUCCCGCUCUGGAUCGGGGUCAGAUUCAGAUGAUGACGAUAGCCAUUCAAAGAAAAAAAGACAGCGAUCCGAAUCCCAUUCUGCUUCAGAGCAUUCUUCUAGUGCUGAGUCUGAGAGAAGUUAUAAGAAGUCAAAAAAACAUAAGAAGAAAAGGAGACACAAAUCUGACUCUCCAGAGUCAGAUACUGAGCGAGAGAAGGACAAAAAGGACGAGGAUCGGGAAAGUGAAAAGGACAGAACUAGGCAAAGAACAGAAUCAAAACAUAAAUCACCUAAGACUGGAAAGGAUUCUGAUAAUUGGGAUACUUCUGGCAGUGAACUGAGUGAAGGAGAAUUAGAAAAGUGCAGAAGGACCCUUUUGGAGCAAUUGGAUGAUGAUCAAUAA